AUGCCCCUCGCCCUCUCCCGCUGCACCACCUCUGACGUAGAUGACAUCGUCCGCCUGAGCGCAGCAGCCUUCAGCGCGCCAACCAACGCCAACGUCUUCCCCAACACGCCCACCGUCAACGCUUUUCGUACCGCCCGCGCACAACACACCAUCCAGCAUGACCCCUUCUCUCUAUUCCUAAAGAUAGUCGACACGGAGUUGCCGCCGGAGGAGCAGUUUAUUGCGUAUGCGAAAUGGGCGAAACCGCAUUCUAAAGAGGAGUUGAGGGACAGUGGAUAUGUGGAUUUGCUAAUGAGCGAUGAGUUGCCGAAAGAAUGUGAUAGGGCGCUGAUUUGGAAGGCGGAGGAGAUGAAGGGAGAGUUGGUGGAAAGUAUCAUGGGGAGCAGACCAUUUUACCAUCUCGAUGUUCUGGCUACGCAUCCUGCACACUCAGGCCGAGGGUGCGCCGGUCGGCUGGUGAAAUGGGGCAUGCAGAAAGCCCAGGAAGAGGGCGUCGAUUGCUACGUGGAAGCUCAGGAUUCAUCGAAGCCUAUCUUUGAGAGGUAUGGGUGGAGGGAGGCGGGGGAGCUUAAGACGGGGGAUAAGAAGUGGGCGACUGUGUUGGUGUACACGCCAGCGAAAGGAACGGAAGGCUGA